AUGGGCAUCGCCGAGUCCACGCCGGACGAGCUGCCGUCGGACGCGGAGGAGCAGCUGCGCAACGGCGAGCAGCAGCUGGAGCUGAGCGGGCGGCGGCUGCGGCGGCUGCCCGGCGCCGUGUGCGCGCUGAGCCGCCUGCAGAAGCUGUACGUGAGCGGCACGGGGCUGCGCGAGCUGCCCGAGGAGAUCGAAGAGCUGCGCGAGCUGCGCAUCCUGGCGCUCGACUUCAACAAGCUCGAGCGCCUGCCCGACGGCCUGUGUCGCCUGCCGCGUCUCACGCGCCUCUACCUGGGCGGCAACCGGCUGCUGGCGCUGCCCGCCGACUUCGCGCAGCUGCAGAGCCUGCGCUGCCUGUGGAUCGAGGGCAACUUCCUGCGGCGCUUCCCGCGGCCGCUGCUGCGCCUGGUGGCGCUGCAGUCGCUGCAGAUGGGCGACAACCGGCUGCGCGCGCUGCCCGCCGAGCUGCCGCGCAUGACGGGCUUGCGCGGCCUCUGGCUCUACGGCAACCGCUUCGAGGAGUUCCCGCCCGCGCUGCUGCGCAUGGGCCGCCUGCACAUCCUCGACCUCGACCGCAACCGCCUGGGAGGCUUCCCCGACCUGCACCCGCUGCGCGCGCUGCGCGUCUUCUCCUACGACCACAACCCGGUCACUGGGCCCCCGCGCGUCGCCGACACCGUCUUCCUCGUGGGCGAGGGCGCCGUCGAGCGCAUGGCCGAGCGCGACGAGCCCACGCCCAGGCCUCCUCCCCGGCGCCCGGCGCGAGCCUUUGAGGACGAGGAGGAAGAGGACCUGCUAAUAGGGAGCGCUGGCUCCCGGGCUCUGGGGCCCCCCGGAGGCAGCCUCCGUGCCCUGGAAGGCGCUCCAGGGCUGGGCACCUGA